AUGACUGGCGGAGCGAAUGUGCAGAUGCCAAUGUUUGCCAUAAACAGAAGCGCAAAAACCCUGAACAUGGACACAGUAGUCCAAGCUGAGGACUCCUCAGCCGCAUCGAGCAGGACCCAUGCUGGCUACUUCCAGAUCAACACGCCAGGUAACCGGAAGUAUCUGACAGUCACCGUAAAUGGCCAUCCAGUCCGUCUGCAGUUGGACACUUGGUCGGACAUUACCAUCAUUUCGGAGAAGCUUUGGCGCACGCUCGGGCAACCUCUGAUCAGACAAGCAGCUCGAACUGCAACCAGUGCCUGCGGUGGAGAGUUAAAACUUUCCGGACGAGACUUUGCUGGAUUCACGGAGCUGGCCACAUUUGGGCGGUCUGAAAUGCGUGAUUCACAAGUAUCACUAAACAAAGAAUCCCAAGGAUAA